CAGGAAUCCGCAGAAUGCCCCGGCGCUCGGCGGCGUCUUGCAUCAGCCGGCAGAAGUUCGCGCUCGGCCGGGAAAAGAAAUCUGCGGCCCCACUCCGGCGGGUCUAGAGCUGCUGGUCUGGGGCUGAAGUAACCUGCCGUGAUGAUCUCCCCUCCCAGGAUGCCCCUCCUGCUGCUGCUACUCCACAUCCCAAGUGCUGCCAAAGCUCAGGUUAAUCCAGCUGUGUGCCGUUAUCCUCUGGGCAUGUCAGGCGGCCACAUCCCGGACGAAGACAUCUCCGCCUCCAGCCAGUGGUCUGAAUCCACAGCAGCCAAGUAUGGAAGGCUUGAUUCAGAAGAGGGUGAUGGGGCUUGGUGUCCGGAGAUCCCCGUUGAGCCGGAUGACCUCAAGGAGUUCCUUCAGAUUGACCUGCACGCCCUGCACUUUAUCACCCUGGUGGGGACCCAGGGACGACACGCUGGCGGCCACGGCAAUGAGUUUGCACCAAUGUACAAGAUCAAUUACAGCCGGGAUGGCACCCGGUGGAUUUCCUGGAGGAACCGGCAUGGGAAGCAGGUGCUGGAUGGAAACACCAACCCUUAUGACAUUGUCCUCAAGGACCUGGAGCCUCCCAUCAUAGCUCGCUUCAUACGCUUCAUUCCCAUCACCGACCACUCUAUGAACGUCUGCCUGCGAGUGGAGCUCUAUGGCUGCACGUGGCUAGAUGGGCUGGUUUCCUACAAUGCUCCUGCUGGACAGCAGUUCAUCCUUCCCAGCGGCACAGUCAUUUACCUCAAUGAUUCUGUGUAUGACGGCGCUUUUGGCUACAGCAUGACUGAGGGACUGGGCCAGCUGACGGACGGUGUUUCUGGCCUGGAUGACUUCACACAGACCCAUGAGUACCACAUGUGGCCUGGCUAUGACUACGUGGGGUGGCGCAAUGAGAGCGCUGCUGGGGGCUACAUUGAAAUCAUGUUUGAAUUUGAUCGGAUCAGAAACUUCACCACCAUGAAGGUGCACUGCAACAACAUGUUUGCCAAGGGGGUGAAGAUCUUCAAGGAAGUUCAGUGCUAUUUCCGCUCCGAUGCCAAUGAGUGGGAGCCCAACACCAUCUCCUCGGUGCUGGUGCUGGAUGAUGUCAACCCCAGUGCGCGGUUCGUCACUGUGCCCUUGCUUCAUCGCAUGGCCAGCGCCAUCAAGUGCCAGUAUUACUUUGCCGACACCUGGAUGAUGUUCAGUGAGAUCACUUUCCAGUCAGAUGCAGCCAUGUACAACAACUCCGGAGCCCCUCCCGAGUCUCCUGUAGCACCCACCACUUACGAUCCAACCCUCAAAGUGGAUGACAGCAACACACGCAUCCUGAUUGGCUGCCUGGUGGCAAUCAUCUUCAUCCUGGUGGCCAUCAUUGUCAUCAUCCUGUGGAGGCAGUUCUGGCAGAAGAUGCUGGAGAAGGCUUCUCGGCGGAUGCUGGAUGACGAAAUGACCGUCAGCCUCUCCCUGCCUAGUGAAUCCAGCAUGUUCAACCACAACCACUCCUCCUCAUCUAGCGAGCAGGAGUCCAACUCCACCUAUGACCGCAUCUUCCCCCUGGGCCCAGACUACCAGGAGCCCUCACGGUUGAUCCGCAAACUGCCAGAGUUUGUCCCAGGAGACGAAGAGGCAGGCUGCAGUGGAGUCGUCAAACCUGCCCAGCCAAGUGGCCCCGAGGGAGUCCCCCAUUAUGCAGAAGCUGACAUUGUGAAUCUGCAGGGGGUGACAGGCAGCAACACCUACUCUGUGCCUGCCAUCACUAUGGACCUGCUCUCGGGUAAGGAUGUGGCUGUGGAAGAGUUCCCUAGGAAACUGCUAACCUUCAAGGAGAAGCUUGGAGAAGGCCAGUUUGGGGAGGUUCAUCUCUGUGAAGUGGAGGGGAUGGAAAAGUUCAUGGACAAAGAUUUUGCUUUGGACGUCAGCUCCAACCAACCUGUCCUGGUGGCUGUGAAAAUGCUGCGAGCAGAUGCCAACAAGAAUGCCAGGAAUGACUUUCUGAAGGAGAUUAAGAUCAUGUCACGUCUCAAGGACCCCAAUAUCAUCCGGCUGCUGGCAGUGUGCAUCACUGACGACCCUCUCUGCAUGAUUACUGAGUACAUGGAGAAUGGCGACCUCAACCAGUUCCUAUCCCGCCACGAGCCCCAGCUCCCCCCUGCCAGCAAUGGACCCAUCGUCAGCUACACUGACCUGAAGUUCAUGGCCACUCAGAUUGCCUCUGGCAUGAAGUACCUCUCCUCUCUGAAUUUUGUGCAUCGGGACCUGGCCACACGCAACUGCUUGGUGGGUAAGAACUACACCAUCAAAAUAGCAGACUUUGGCAUGAGCAGGAACCUGUACAGUGGAGACUACUACCGAAUCCAGGGGCGGGCCGUGCUCCCUAUUCGCUGGAUGUCCUGGGAGAGUAUUUUAUUGGGAAAAUUCACUACAGCCAGUGAUGUCUGGGCUUUUGGGGUGACACUAUGGGAGACCUUCACUUUUUGCCGAGAGCAGCCGUAUUCCCAGCUGUCAGAUGAACAGGUCAUUGAGAAUACCGGAGAAUUCUUCAGGGAUCAGGGGCGGCAGACGUACCUUCCCCAACCUGCUCUCUGCCCUGAUCCUGUCUACAAGCUAAUGCUCAGCUGCUGGAGACGAGACACAAAAGAUCGCCCCUCCUUCCAGGAAAUUCACCACCUCCUGCAACCAUCAGCCAGCGAAGAGUGACACUUUGCUUCCCUUACACGUCCUGCUCCUCAUCCCACCCCAGAAGACCCACCUGUAAAAACUGAAGCCACUUCACCUGGACUCACAACAAAACCUGGGCAGUGGGGCUUCUUCUACUGCACAUUAAAAAAACACCAUAAGCGGAGAAAAAAGUGAGAAGGAACUAAGCCUAGAUCAGACCAAAUCCAUAGUUCAUAUGACAAGCUAACUCUGGAAUGACAAAGGAUGAACAAGGGUUAUUGAUAGAUGUGGCAUGUUCCUGUUUAUCAGUGGAUUCAGUCAAAGAGGAUUAUGUUUUCCCAUUUUGGAAGGGGAAAAGUAAGGCCCAUGUUCUCCAUGAAGAGGCUCCUCGUGUGCUGGAAAUGCAUCCGUGGAUGGGAGCACACACCAGGAAAGUGCGUGGUAAAGGGAGGGUAUUUGGGGGAUGUGCCGAGUGCAGGGAAUGCAGGUGAGGAACACAGUGAUGCAGGAGUUGCCACUAAAGCAGAGUGGGCUGUGCAAUUACAAAGUGAAAACUGAACCUGUCUGGACACUUUUAGGCUUCAGACAGGCUAAACGGAUUUAGCAUUUGCCUGGUUAGGAUUCCUCCCAUCCUUGUUUGGUUACAGCCCGUUAGAUAGGGGAAAACCCAAACACAUUGUGUAGUACAAUGUGCCAGCUGCUGGGCUGGAAUGUGUAUCCUGCUUGGUAGGUGAACAUUCCCACUGCAAUGGGGGCAUUGCUUUCUGAGGAGCAUAUGGUUUACUGCAUCUGCUGCAGGACCAAUGAGGAAUGACAAGCCACCCAUCUAGAGGACAGCAGAGGUGCCCUCUUCUGACCCAGGCACGGCCUCUUGAGAGGACCUCAUGUCCCUGAGAAAUGCAUUCUGCAUCUGCUGUUCAUGCUAUCAGGGUAGGGAAAUCCUACAGCUACCAGAUUAGUGGGGUAGGUGCUAGCUCUGCAUUUCCUGAGAAUCAGGGUUAGAGAGACAUUUUAGAACAAACAUUUCAUUUCAAAGGUUAAAUGGCCAUAAUUGCCCAGUUCCCUCGCCCUGUAUAAACUCCCCCCCACAAGCUUUAAUAAGUAAAGGAUCAGGAUGUUGCACUGCUCUGGAUAUCCGCCAGCACCAAGGGCUGCCACUAGCACCCACCCCUGCCUGCAGUAACCUUGAGUACCAUGAUAACAUGGUUUGUUGUGAAUACAAUACCUGGAGUUACCACUAAUGAUAGCUUCUCUCCUGCCCACCCCAUCUUGACACAGAGGCUCCCUUGGCAUGUCAUGUUCUAUUCUAGGGCUUUGUCUGACUCCCAGCUGUGGUCUGGAAGGAUUUCCAGCUGAAAGUACUUGGGACCAAUCUAGCUGUGGUUGGAGCUUCUAUGAGAAUGAAUGUGCUCCCCUGGCAUCCCCCAGAUUUGGUUGCUGCAUGAAUGAUUUGGGCAGCGUCCCUACUGGCGCUGUUUGCUCUGUCAGUUUCCAGUCAAUGUACACAAAGGGACUUGCUGAUGCAAUGGGUGUGAAAGUGAGACCCUUAGAGUAUGGAAUACACCUCUGUUUCCUACAAGGAUGCCUCUUAUUUGCAUACACACCAGUCCUUGAAAUUCAACAGAGAACACAGUUGGUCUGAUACGCUCAUACUGAGAUGCCCAAACCUCUAGCACUGUUUCCAGUAUACUAUAACCUAGCAUGGAUAGGGUAUGCGUAUAUGGGUGCUUUGCCUAUGCUAAGUGAGCAAACCAUUGCAGGGACAUGGGCUGUGUGAAAUAGUUGGCUGCCUCACUCGUCCUGACAGCAGCUGGUAUGUCAACACAGCAGCUCUAUUUGCAUCAGAACCAUCUUGGCUAUCACCGCCCAGAAAGACUUGCAAUUGCAGUUGUACCAAUUGCCAGGGUGUCUAGAAUGACUCACGAAUAUGGGUGCCAGUCUCAGGGCAGUCUGUUAAGAAACAAGGCACGAACCCCAAACUCCUUGUAUGUUCUGUACUUAGAUUUCAUCAACUAAGUAACAAAUGUGAACUUCUCAACCAUUGUAACAGCCUUAACUUGGAGUCACAGACAGUCCCCUCGGGCGCUCAGGGCUGUCUUGUCACCCAGGCAAGCCUGCCUCUGUGUGGUCCCUUUACACCAAAAAUCACAGCACUAUUCAGGUUAUUCCCAGUCCCAAAGUACCAGUCACUUACCCCAGGUCAAGUGCAUCCUAGAUUUCUCACUAAAGAUAAUGUUUGUAGCCAAUCCUGUAAUAAACUAUCUAAAGGUUUAUUAAAAGAAAUAAGAGUUAUUUACAAGGUUAAAGCAGGUGCCAAAAGAUUAUGAUAGCUGCUAUAAUAUGCAAGCUUUAUAUGUUCUUUAGGGCUAACUCAGCUGCGGAUCUUUGCUUAUGUUUAGGAAUCUUUGCUCCUCAGAGUCCAAAAAGCAUUUUUAUUCCCUUUGCCUCUGAGUCCAAACUGAUGGGACAAACAUUUGUGCACGUCACCUCUUCAUGGGUGUGGAGGGACCAAUCAACAAGUCCACUGAUGUACCACAGUGGCUUGUCUUGUGUCUGCAGAUCUUUUGUUGGGCAGAAGAUGACACCUCUUGUGGUACACUAGUAUUUCACACUUUUGUAAUGCUUCUCUCCUGAUGGUGGUGGGGGUAUCCCAGUUUCAUAGCAAACACUUUCAUAGUUACAGAGCAAAUACUUAAAUAUUACAUGGGAUACAGAUAUUAUAAGUGAGAUAAUACAUGCAGCAUCCUACAAGCAUUUCAUAAAGUAUAAACUAAACACAUUCUUAUCACUCUAAUAUCUGUUUUAACCACCCUAACAUACAGGUGAGCCAGACUGGUUUCCAACUCUGUAUUUGUCAGUGUUCAGGAAGGCCUGGGCCCUUGCCAUGAGCUGGCACCUGGUCUGCCAGUGUUACAUUCUUACUUUCUAGGAUUCCUCUGGGGGCUCAUAGUGUUGCUGGGAGUGUGGGUAAUUUCCCUGAGUGAAAUUAUGCAUUAUGAGGUGGAGUUGGGAGGAUGGGCUGAACCUGGGCACAUUCAGUGCUUGGGUGUUCCAAACUACACAGGGAACCAAAUAUUGCAGACUGCACUGGUGCAGCCAACGCUAAGCUAACAGCUUCAUGCCAGACACUGCAAACAGUUAGUAGAAUUUCCAUUUGAGAUGGAUGUUGUUUGCAGGGCCACCCAGAGGAUUCAGGGGGCCUGGCCCCCACCGUCGAAUUGCCGCCGAAGACCCGGCACUUCGGGGGCGGGUC